CUAUCAUUGUGAUCUCUAGUGCUUUUUUGGCCCUUCGCUUAGAUAUCUGAGGAUAACAAUAACUCAGCUUUCUUUUAUUUAUUUGCUAGAAAUGUAUCCAAAAAAAUAAAAAAAUAAAAACCCAUCUCAAAUAUCUUUCCCUGUUGAUGACCUGUUUCAAUAUUAUAUACAUUCCUCUCAUCUUUGCACUUUUUUGGCUAAAUUUUUGUUUGUUUUCUCUCUAAAUCAUUAGCUAUCUGUUUUGUCUUCUCUUAUCACUAAUUGUAAGAAAAAAAUGUGCUACAAUAUUGGUCACCACUUUCAUGAUCACCCUUGUUUGCAUUGCCAUCCCCACAGCUAUAUUAGAAUGGUUCAACAUCUUAUUGAGAGAUGUUUACUGCUUCACAUGAAUCGUGACCAAUGCAUCAGAGCUCUAGCUCACCAUGCAAGCAUUCGACCCCUUGUCACACUUACUGUUUGGAGAGAGCUUCAGAAGGAGAAUAAGGACUUCUUCCAUGCAUAUUACCAUUCUAUUAAUUCUCCCAGACCCUUAACUAGUAGAUACAUCCAGAGGGCACCAAGAUUCACAAAAUUGAAAAAGUAGUACCAGUUUGAAGUGAUCAAGUAUAUAUAGCUAGUAGAUUUUGAACGCCACAUUUAAUAUUUAUGAGGCUAUAUAUACAUACAUAUAUAUAUAUAUAGAGAGAGAGAGAGAGAGAGAUAACUAUCUAGCUACUACAAGUGAAGAUGAAGUUGGCCUUUGUAUUUGAGAUUAGAUACGUAGUAGGUACAUUAUGAAGACCCUAUAUAGUUUGGCAAAUUGUAUAAUUUAAGAAAUAAUAACUGGUUAAUUAUAUAUAUUUAUAUAUAUAAUA